GGGGGGGGGGAGACCACACCACACCAUUACGCACUCCAAAGAACAACAAAAGGCUUCCGAUGAAAUGGGGUAUGCGGUUGAUCUCCCUCCCUCUCUCUCUCUCUCUCUCUCUCUCUCUCUCUCUCUCUCUUUCUUUCCCUCCCUCUCUCCCUCUCUCACGCACACACACCACCACCAAGCAUACGUUACGAUCCACCACCGUACAGACAGGACAGGACAGGAGAGGGCGGGAGGGAGGGAGAAAACAUAAACAACCCAAUUCCCAAUGUUCUGUCUAAUAGGACACAUUCCAUAUUCCGACGAAGAAGUCAUAGAAGAAGCGCGUACAGCCCCAUCUCCCCACAUCAAUGCUGGGGUCUGGCAGGCUAAAAGAAAUCCAGGGCUGUCGACGGCCCCACAGGAGACGGUGUGCUCGCGGAGUUUUGGAGGCUUUUGCAACACCGCGACAUUUCUCGACGCCAGAUAUCCAACAAUGAACCUUGAUGAUGAUGGGAUGCUGAGUGCUGAGUGCUGAGUUGGUGGGAUGGUGAACACUGUAGGCCAGCCAUGUUAAUUAAUACCCAUGGGUUUGCUGGACUAGGUCCAUUGAACCUUCACGGGAAAUAUGCGUGGCAGAUAUUGGUCCGUCUCAGGGGCUGAUCAAAGGGUCUGAGGGAAGCAUGCUCAUUGUGUCUGGGACGAGAUCAAAGGAGCUGGGGUAGGGAGGAUGUUUUUGUUGAGAUACCAACAGUUGAAGUGAAAGCAAAGAGUGUUUAUUGUGAAUAGGUUUUCCCCUCUUUUCUUAAAUAAAAAGGAAAAAGAGUCAAACAGAGUUUGUGUGAUCACAGUGUAGUUAUGAGAUCAAUGCCAUCGGCAUCACCACCACCAACCAGUCUUAGAUAACUAUUUAUUCAGAACAUCAACAGGAAAUGACAUGUGAG